GUCCCGUCCACCCAUCCCAUUCCUCCAGUGGAGGUGGGUGGGUGGAGGCGAGGCUCAAGAGGCGCCCCUGGGGCUGGGGCCGGGGCGGCCAGCCAGCUCUCCCAUUGGCCCGCGCGCCUGGCCAGAUGUCCAGAUCUCCAACCGCCAGAAAGACAGCUCGCCUGCCCGCGUGUUAAGAUCCCGCGAUACCUCAACGUAGCCUCGACACGCCCAGUUGCUCCCCGUCGUCGCCGCCGCCGCACCACCCGACUCAACCGACCACCCCGCGCCCGCCUUCUGCCCGUCCCUCCCCGUUUCCGACAGUUCGAGCAGCCGCGCGCGUCUCCCUCCUCCCAAGACACACAACACCGCCAGCACACGCAGCCAUGUUGUCGGCCUUGCAAAACCCGCGGCAGGCCGCCGCGCAGCUGUUAAACUUUGCCCUCAUCCUCUCGACGGCGUUUAUGAUGUGGAAGGGCCUCUCCGUCGCGACCGACUCGCCCUCGCCCAUCGUCGUCGUCCUGUCCGGCUCCAUGGAACCCGCCUUUCAGCGCGGCGACCUGCUGCUUCUGUGGAACCGCAACAUCUGGGAGGAGACGGCGGUCGGCGAGGUGGUCGUCUACAACGUCAAGGACAAGGACAUUCCGAUUGUGCACCGCGUGGUGCGCAAGUUUGGCACGGGGGACAAGGCCAAGCUGCUCACAAAGGGCGACAACAACGUCGCCGACGACACGGACCUAUACGCGCGCGGGCAGGACUACCUCGAGCGCAAGGACAUCAUCGGGAGCGUGUACGGCUACGUGCCGUUUGUGGGGUACGUGACGAUUAUGCUGUCGGAGCACCCGUGGCUCAAGACGGUGAUGCUGGGCAUCAUGGGCCUGCUGGUGGUGCUGCAACGGGAAUGAAUGGGUCACUGGGGAGGUAGGGAUGUCUUGUGCCUUGAGCGGGGGUGGCUGUGUCUUGUGUGUCCUGGGUGUCGCGAUGGCCCGAGUCGGGAUAGACGGGGAGAAAGCGAGCGUCUACACAAAAGAAGCACGUCUGUUACGAGCCACUGGCGGGACUUUUGGGCGAUUGCGUGUCCAGGUGCGUCCCGCGGUUGACGACAAUCGUGAUAUUGGCUACCUAUACGGAGUAGGUUCUCGCUUAAAUGCACGUAG